GGGCGGCCGGCAGCCAGCCCGCACCGGGGCGUUGGCAGGAGCCGGCGGGGCCUCGGGAGCAGCCGGGGGCCUGCGCGGGGCAUGAGCCGGCGCCCCGCGGCGGAGCGGCCGGGGCGGGCGGCCGGGGCGCGGCGCUGAGAGCCGGGCGGGGCCGGGGCCGGGGGGCGCAGCGCCACCAUGGGGGGCCCCCGGGCCGCGCGGCUCCUGCUGCUCCUGCGCCCGGUCAAGCUGCUGCGGAGGCGCUUCCGGCUGCUGCUGCUGCUCGCCGUGGUGUCCGUGGGGCUCUGGACUCUUUAUCUGGAGCUGGCGGCGUCGGCCCAGGUCGGCGGGAACCCCCUGAACCGGAGGUACGGCAGCUGGAGAGAGCUGGCCAAGGCUCUAUCCAGCAGGAACAUUCCGGCUGUGGAUCCAAAUCUCCAGUUCUACCGUCCCCAGAGGCUGGGCCUCAAGGACCAGGACCCUGUGCAUGGUGGAGGCAGGAACAGCAGCUACCUGCAGUGGAAUAAGCCGGUCCCCUGGCUGUCAGAGUUCCGGGGCCAAGUCAAUCUACACGUGUUUGAAGACUGGUGUGGCAGCUCCAUCCAGCAACUGCGGAGGAACCUCCACUUCCCUCUGUACCCGCAUAUCCGCACAACCCUGAGGAAACUGGCCGUGUCCCCCAAGUGGACCAACUACGGCCUCCGCAUCUUUGGCUACCUGCACCCCUUCACCGACGGGGAGAUCCAGUUCGCCAUUGCCGCUGACGACAACGCGGAAUUCUGGCUGAGCCGAGACGACCAGGUCUCAGGCCUGCAGCUGUUGGCCAGCGUGGGCAAGACUGGAAAAGAGUGGACGGCCCCUGGAGAGUUCGGAAAAUUUCGGAGUCAAGUUUCCAAGCCAGUGAGCCUGUCAGCCACCCGCAGGUACUACUUCGAGGUGCUACACAAGCAGAACAACCAGGGCACUGACCACGUGGAAGUCGCGUGGCGACGGAAUGACCCCGGGGCCAAGUUCAGCAUCAUUGAUUCUGCUUCCCUGUCCCUUUUCACCAAUGAGACAGUCCUGAGGAUGGAUGAGGUGGGUCACAUCCCGCAGACAGCAGCCAGCCAUGCAGGCUCCCCAGACUCUCUUCCCAGCAAUGAGCAGCCACCUGCCGACAUGCUGAGGCCCGACCCUCGGGACACCCUCUACCGAGUGCCCCUGAUCCCCAAGUCUCAGCUCCGCCACGUCCUGCCCGACUGUCCCUACAAGCCCAGCUACCUGGUGGACGGGCUACCUCUGCAGCGCUACCAGGGACUCCGGUUUGUUCACCUGUCCUUUGUUUACCCCAAUGACUACACCCGCCUGAGCCACAUGGAGACCCAUAAUAAGUGCUUCUACCAGGAAAACUCCUACGACCAGGACAGGCUCAACUUUCAGAACUACAUCAAGAUUGACCAGCCUCAGAAGCAGGGGCCGGAGCAGCCAGGUUUUGAGGAAGGCCUUCUAGAAGAAUCCCAGUACGGAGAAGCAGCAGAGGACACCCCUGCCCCAGAUGGCCAGGACGCCAGGACACCGGCGGGGAAGCCGGGGCCCCCCACGGCCCCCGGGCAGGACGCCACCAACCACCGCCUCCGCAGCCUGCGGAGACUGCUGGCCCGGCCCCAGAAGGGCCCGGCGGUGCCCUCUCCCACGCAGAACUCCACAGCCCCCGUCCCCGCAAGGACCAGCGCCAUCCCGGCCCAGCCCGCAGAGAAGAAGGCCAGGAAGCCCCUCCCCGAGCCCCGCCAGGCUCCACGGCAUCCUGACAAGUGGCCACCAGGGCACCCGGCCGGGCGCCCACCUCCAGUGAAGAGGCCCAGGCCCGCUGGUGGGAGCCCCGGGAAGACACUGGGGCGAUCCCAAUGGCUGAAUCAAGUCGAAUCGUACAUCGCAGAGCAGAGAAGGGGUGACAGGAUGGAGCCUCCGGACCCCAGGAGGGGUUGGCCUAAGGAGCAGGUGGUGGUGGCAGUGGCUGUCGGCCAGGAAGGACAAGCAGAGGGAGAGGACGAGGGUGGGGAAGAGGAGGAGGAGGAGGAGGAGGAGGAUGUGAGCGAGGUGCUGGAAUACCUGUCGAUGUUCGACCCGGUGGUGAACUGGGAACAGACCUUCAGUGCCGGCAACCUCGACUUCCAAGCCCUGCGGACCGACUGGAUUGACCUGAGCUGUAACACGUCUGGCAACCUGCUGCUUCCUGAGCAGGAGGCGCUCGAGGUCACGCGGGUCUUCUUGAAGAAGCUCAACCAGCGGAGCCGGGGGAGGUACCAGCUGCAGCGCAUCGUGAAUGUGGAGAAGCGUCAGGACCAUCUCCGUGGGGGCCGCUACCUCCUGGAGCUCGAGCUGCUCGAGCACGGCCAGCGCCUGGUGCGGCUCUCGGAGUUCGUGUCCACGCGGAGCUGGCAGGGUGUCAGUGCCGCUGGUGGGGAAGAGGCUGAGGUCCGGAACCUGCAGGGCCUGGUAUGGAGCCCACACGACCGCCAGAAGCAUGUCCUGCGUGCCCGAGCCCUGGAGCCCAAGCUGUGCUGGCCCCAGGGCUUCUCCUGGAACCACCGCGCUGUGGUCCACUUCGUCGUGCCGGUAAAGAACCAGGCGCGCUGGGUGCAGCAAUUCAUCGGAGACAUGGAGACACUAUUCCGAGUCACCGGCGACCCGCACUUCAACAUCAUCAUCACCGACUACAGCAGCGAGGACAUGGACGUCGAGAUGGCUCUGAAAAGGUCCAAGCUGCGGAGCUACCAGUACAUGAAGCUAAGCGGGAACUUCGAACGCUCAGCUGGACUCCAGGCUGGGGUGGACCUGGUGAAGGACCCACACAGCAUCAUCUUCCUCUGCGACCUCCACAUCCACUUCCCAGCUGGAAUCAUCGAUACCAUCCGGAAACACUGUGUGGAGGGCAAGAUGGCUUUCGCCCCCAUGGUCAUGAGGCUGCAGUGUGGGGCCACCCCCCACUGGCCUGAGGGCUACUGGGAGGUGAAUGGAUUUGGGCUGCUUGGCAUCUACAAGUCAGACCUGGACAGUAUUGGGGGCAUGAACACCAAGGAGUUCCGAGACCGUUGGGGCGGGGAGGACUGGGAGCUGCUGGACAGGAUCCUCCAAGCAGGCCUGGAAGUGGAGCGUCUCUCCCUCCGGAAUUUCUUCCAUCACUUCCAUUCCAAGCGAGGCAUGUGGAACCGUCGCCAGAUGAAGACGCCGUAACCCCCGCGGUGGCCCGCUGGACCCACUGCUUCCGGCCCCUGGACCGCGGUGGCCCGGCCAGUGUCUGCUCGCUGCCAGAGGGGGAGCAGGAGGGGAGCAGGGGCCGCGCUGGGCCCGAGGGGCCUCCGAGCCGACACCCCCCCCCCCCCGCACUGGCAGCCGUCCUCUGUGGGACACGAGGCCGAGGCCGCCCUCCACCUCUGGGCCUCCGGGGCCAGGAUACGGGACAGAGACAGGGCAGCUCCCAGAAGGCCGGCAGAACCAGGUCGAGGAAGGAAAGCCCUGCCUGGGCGACACCACCCUGACCGGGAGGUGCCUUCCAGUGUCCACCCGGGGCUCCUCAGGGGGCAGUGACCGUGGACUGGGAAGCUCUUCUAUUGGACAUAUUUUAUUGGGGUUUUAUUUUUUUUAACAGAAAAUCAAAACUGUCACUGUCCAGACCCAGCAUUGACUGCGAGGGGGGUGGAGUCUUGCAUUUAGGGCCCCCCCCACUGCAUACCUCAGACCCACAGGUGCAUCCCUCGGUCCUUGAUCCGGCAGCUGAUUUGUAACCAAGGAGCUGGCCCCACGUGGAGCUGUUUUCAGCCUCCAGCACACGCACAUCUCUCCCAGGUGGCCACCCAACAGCUGGCCACCGAUUAGGGCAUUAACCUUACCCUCCAGGUGGUGCCAACUCCAGACUGGCAUCCUCUUCCCGGUGCCACGGGGUGUUGGGAGCCGGGGAACCGGUGGGUGGGGUGCUCCUGGCCCCCUGGUGUUGGGUGGGGAGGGCAGGGACGAGAAGCCCCUUUCCGUCCCGGCGGCCUGUGAGCUGGGCCUUGCGGACCAUAUGAAACAGAGCGGGGAGAGGAUGAGAGGAGGGGUGGGGUCCAGCGGGAAGGGAUGAGAAGGGACGUGGGAAGCUUGAGUCCUCACAGCCCAGCUCCCUCCCACAAGGAGAGCCCUAGGCCAGCCCUGUGGGGAAGACACUCUGAACUGGAAAACAGGGACCUGGGUGGAAGGUUUGGGGAGGUGAAGGCAUCACUCUGAGAUAUCUUCCCCACGUGGAAGGGAGCAGGGCUGGAGGACUGCAGAGUGAAGCCGUUUCAGGGAACACAGCCCUUGGCCUUUGUGGCCUGGGGCACCCUUUCUGUCACCUGCGAUCACGCACUUAUCUUGCACUACUAGUCCCAGGCGCUUUUGCAGCUGGGGAUUUUUCUACUGCUGCCUCUGCCACUGCGCUAUUCACCAACGGUGCAUUGGACACUGCAUCUUGAAGCCCAGUGUCUGUGAGGAAGGGCGUGUGGGGGGUGCAGCAGGGCCCAGGAGGCCGGUCAGCUGGGCCCAGGCUCCGUGCCGUGACCAAGUCCAAGUCGCAGCACGUGGAGCUGCAGGGUCGACCUGGUGGGUCCUCCGUUUACCAAGAGCAUGAACUUGGCAUAUGGGAGAAUGGAGCCCCUCAAGAAUUUUCUGGAGGUUGAAGAGAACCCCUGCCUCCCUCUUAAGAAGUCAGGAAGGACACAGACUUUUCAGUUCAUCAAUUGUGGCUUAUGGAGGCUGUAUCUGCCCUCAGGCCAUGGCUUUUUAUGGUCCCUGCUCAGCCUCCUGCCUGGGGAAAGGGCUGCAUCUGGCUGGCUGGGGGGCCAGGUUUCUUUCUGGGGCCACUCUCAUCCCUGGGCAUCGCCCUGGAAGGCCCGAGUCCACCCAGACAGCCCUCCCGCUUCACCCCUCCUGAUGACAGAAGCCUGCCCAGCCUCCCCUGCCCAGCUCCCCACCCCCUCUGCCCUGGCCAGUGCCUUGUGUUCAAUGUUUGUUACCUCCACACCGUCUGCCUUAAUGGAGAGGACCUGGCAUGGCCCCUACUCUGUAGGGAAAUGUGUAGGGUGGGGGGAAGGAAAGCAUUAAAUACAGCAUCUUCUCAGAAAACAAAACGCUCUUAUGUUUUCCUGUUGCCCAUCAGCGUGGGAGAGGGGUGGGCCCAGGGCCCACGUUGCCAUCCUGCAGCUGUCAGGCCUCUGAUGGACAUGCCAGGGACCCUCCACCCUUCACUACCUGUACGGAGUGGGGGGCAGCCUUCCCUGGGCUGCGGUUUACUCAGGAAGGGGCCUACCUGGUUCCUGUCUGAGGAACAUUUUCUCUGCAGUAGAUUCAUGGAGAUUGGUGGUUUCAGUUGAGAAAGGCUGGUGGACACAGGAUGGCUGGGUGAACAGUGGAGAGAAACUAAGGUGUGGCUUUUUCUAAAAAAGCAGACAGGGAUUUCCCUGGUGGUCCAGUGGUUAAGAAUUCGCCUUCCGACACAGGGGACACAGGUUCGAUCCCUGGUUGGGGAGCUAAGAUCCCACAUGCCUCGGGGCACGUAAGCCCAUGCGCCACAACUACUCAGCCCACGCAGUCUGGAUCCUACACACCACAACUAGAGAGAAGCCCUCGAACUGCAAUGAAGAUCCCGUGUGCCGCAAGUAAGACCUGAGGCAGCCAAAUAAAAAUAAAUUUUUA